AGGUCACGCCAGGCCUCCCCCCUGCCAGGGUCACCAUCAGCCUCCCUUCCGAGCCCAUCACUCACUGUGACUCCUCCUGUUAUUCCUUUUCAUCGCUCCCUUUUGUUGCCUUGAUGUCUUAACCGCCGUUCGGGGCUGAAUCCCAGCCAGCCCCCGGAACAUCCGUGCAAAGCAGCGAUAAAGAGAGUGCCUCUGAGAAUGUGCAGAGCACCUUCUCGCCCUCAUGCCAGUAUGCCUUCAUUGCUUAACAAAGAACAUUUCCAGAUAUGCUUCUGAUAUUAAGCCUUUGCCUCCCAACAUCAAAGAUAAGCUGAUUAAAUCACUAAGUGUCCAGGGAUGGAUAACUGAUUCAAAUAUCAAUACGGUUCUGCAUCCUGCAGUGGAGGCUCUGGACCUUCGAGACUGCGAGAUUUCAGACAGUGCCCUGCGGCAGCUUUGUAGCUGCAAGCAGCUUAAAAAAAUACACUUGAAUGUGUGGAAAGAAAACAGGCUAACCGUUACUUCUGAAGGCGUUGCGGCGCUGGCCUUGUCAUGCCCUUAUCUGCGUGAAGCCUUUUUUAAAAGAUGCAGCAACCUUACGGACAGCGGAGUCCUUACUCUUGCACUCAACUGCCCACAUCUGCAAAUACUUAACAUAGGUGGAUGCUCCAGCAUCACAGACAUAUCACUGGAAGCCCUCGGGCAGAACUGCAGGAACCUACAUAGCGUAGAUUUUUCAUCUACUCAGGUUACUGACAAUGGUGUAAUAGCAUUGGUCAGUGGAAUGUGUUCAAAGAAUUUAAAGGAGAUCCAUAUGGAGCUGUGUGUGAAUUUGACAGAUGUAGCUGUGGAAGCUGUCCUCACUUACUGUCCUAAGAUGUACAUUCUUCUGUUCCAUGGAUGUCCACUCAUAACUGAUCGUUCCCGAGAAGCCCUGGAACAGUUGGUCAGGCCAAACAAAUUUAAGCAAGUUUCAUGGACUGUUUACUGAAUUUUAUUUAAAGUUGCAGACAGUGCUUCAUUUGGAGGAAAGAAACCAUCUCCAGAAAUACUCCUCUCCUAAUGAUGUAGAUAGUUCUGAAGAGUGUCCUGUUUCCCACUGAAGGGCAGUGUUACCAGCCAAGACCCUUCCCAUCCAAGAGUAGUUGUAUUAGUACUUUGUUGAUAUUCUCAGUAACAAGACCUUUGUUUUUGUUUGUUCCACAUGGUGAUGCAUUAAGAAUGGGAAGUUGUUGGUGUUUGUAGAACAGCAGCACUUAAGGGCUCUAAUAAACGUUCAAGAAUCAUUGCAUUCCUACUCAUGAAGGGCCAGCAGUGAGUGAUGGCAUGCUGCAAGUGGGGGGAGCCAGUGAGGCAGGGGAACAAGCACCGAAUACACAUCUUGUAAUUGCAAACAGCUUGUAAUCCUACCUGCUCAUCCAUCACUUUGGUUUCAAGGCAGGCAUAACCAGGGCAUGUUUUCUUCAUGCUGCUUCUUACUUGGAAAUAAAAGCUCUGAGCUUCA